AUGAGUGCCAUCCUAUCAGCGGACGACCUAAAUGACUUCAUAUCCCCUGGUGUCGCCUGCAUCAAGCCAGUAGAGCUGACUAAUCCGGAAAACCAGGAAGCGGGAGAGGUCGAGAUACAAAUAGAUGAGAAGGGAAAUCCUUUAGAAAUAUCCAAGAUCGAUGGCAAGGCCGCUGAGCUUUCUCCAGCACAAAUUUCUUUGGCAGAUUGCCUAGCAUGCUCUGGCUGUAUUACAUCAGCCGAGGAAGUGCUUGUGGCCCAGCAUUCACAUGAACAACUCUUACGAGCGAUUGAAGAGAAUCAGACAUCGAACAAGGUGUUUGUGGCCAGCAUAAGCCACCAGUCAAGGGCCUCCUUGGCCCAGGCAUAUGGAUACACGGUGGCGCAGAUGGAUCGUUUAUUGGUCAACUUGUUUGCCAACCAAAUGGGUUUCCAGUAUGUCGUGGGUACUGCCUUGGGAAGAAAGCUCUCAUUGCUCCAAGAAGCUCACGAGAUGUUUGCGAGAAAACAAGGUGGCCAAAAAGGGCCAGUCUUGCUGUCGAUCUGCCCCGGAUGGGUGCUAUACGCGGAGAAGACACACCCUUACGUCUUGCCCAUGCUUUCGGCAACAAAAUCACCUCAGCAAAUCACCGGUUGCCUUCUCAAAACCCUCGUGGCCCGUGAUUUGGGUAUUUCUCGAAGUGACAUUUAUCAUCUCUCAAUCAUGCCUUGUUUUGACAAGAAGUUGGAGAGUGCCAGACCGGAGAACACCCCGGUGGAAACGUCUGCUCCUGACGUGGACUGUGUUUUGACAGCGAAGGAGCUUGUGAACCUUCUAGAGACACUGAAGUACCAACUUUUGCCGCCAAACGCUGCCAAGGUUGCAACUCAGAGCUCCAAUAUCUAUCACCAAAUGGCCCCACCUUCGUGGCCUUACAAAGAGCUUUCUUGGGCCAACGACUCAGGAUCUCAGUCGGGUGGCUACAGCUACAACUACUUGAUGCUUACAAGAAACCACAUGAUGUGUACUCAGCCAGAUGUCUACCGCGAGGAGGAUUUCGAGGUGGUGAACGUCGAGGGCCGUAACCUGGACACGUAUGAGAUGAGGUUGAUGCACAAGCCGUCUGGGGACAAGAUUGCAUCCGCGGCGGUAGUCAACGGCUUUAAAAACAUUCAAAAUUUGGUCAGAAAGCUCAAGCCAACUCCUGGCGGAGCUGCCAAACAAGGCAAGGUUAACCCCUUGCAGCUCGGAGAAGAGCCAGGAUGGGAGGGAAGAAUGGCACCUCAGGACUGGAGGCACCUGGACCUCUCAAGCAUGGACAAUACGAAAAUGGCCGAAGAGAUAGAGAAGUGGGCCAUAGGGUUCUGUGAGGAAACCAACAUUCCUUCGGAGCGCCUCUACAUCACACACUUCAACGAAGUGGAGAAGCCCACAGACCCCAAUGCUGUACUUUUUGGAGCAAAAUGGUAA